UUAUUUUAGUUUUGCCAGAUGUAGUCGAUAACUCGUGUGAAACGCUCUAACCGCAUAUGUAGUGCGGAACUCUUUUAACGAAUAGGAUUUUUUUUUCUGAACGAGCUCGUUUAGAGUGUGGACGGUAGAGUCCAAGACAAACCAGAAUGAUUUCCUUGCUCUAGUCAGUUUUAGACCUCGAGAUGGACCACAAUACACAGACUACAGACACCGUCGACAGGUCCGACCUGGUCUCUGAGGACGGGAAGAACAGUAAGUCUGUUCUAUGUCAACGAUGCGGAUCCAAGGUGCUGUCCCCGGGAAUGGCUGUGUUCGCGGAGAAAGAGCUUAUCCUACCAUCCAUGCGUAAAAAGAGCAACCUCAGCGCUUCGGAGGACUCAGUGGACAGGGACACACUGACCGCCCACUGGUUAGUUGGUGAUAUGUUCGAUUUUGAGAAUGUGGGCUUCACUAAUGAUGUCGGAAGAAUCAAGUAUCUCAUCUGCGCUGACUGUGAGAUUGGACCCAUCGGCUGGCACUGUUUGGAUGAUAAGAUAGGUUACUAUGUUGCAAUAGACCGAGUGAAUCAUGCCUAGUUUUAAAUCGUAAUGAAACAGAAUAAAUUGUAAAAUAAAUACAGUGUAUGUGCUGGAUGGCUUUACUGUCAGAGCUGAGCCUGAAAAACACACAUUGGAUUGAUAAACAUGUCUCGACUGUUUCUUUUUCUCACACAGACCAUUCUACCAUUGUUGUGCUCUAAUAAAAAUAUUCAACUUUCA